AUGGUUUGGCGAAUGAAUAGCCAAUAUAUACUGGAAGGGCUUGCUGCAAGUUUUAUGUUCACUUUGGGGAGUAUUGGCUUCAUUGUGAUGGACAAGAUGAAUGAAGCGCGUGUUACGAAACUAAAUCGCGUGUUAUUGAUGGCAUUUGGUAUCAGCUGCAUAGUAAUUUCCUUCAUCACACUAAGGAUUUUCAUAAAAUUCAAGCUACCACGUCCCACGUUGGACGUUUUUCUGGAUUUGAAAGCUGCUUUUGAUUUUAUGGAUCGUCAGCAACUUUGGGAGUGUCCGACGAUCAGAGAUGUCUCUUUCAAAUUUCUCUCCCUUAUGAGAGCACUAUGUGCGAACUCUUGUGGGUGCGUGCAAUCAAGACCAAUGUAUCUCGAUGUGGUGAACGGUGUUUGCCUGUUGUGUCAGCAUACGCUCCGACGGACGACAGCUCUGGCUGAGAGAGUCAACUAUACAUAUUUAUCACAGUUGCUUCGGUCAGAAGAAAUGACAUCGUGGUUCUGGCAUGUGAUAUGA